AUGUCGUCGAGAGACACGACGUCGCGUCGUCAGGACGCAUACAAGGCAAAGGGACAGUUCAAGCAGGAUGAGCUGCGCCGCCGACGAGAGGAGGCACAGGUCGAGAUUCGCAGACAGAAGAGGGACGAGAGCAUGGCCAAGCGCAGGAACCUCAACAUCGCAGACACGACCCUCACCGAUGGCGACUCGGACGAAGAAGAGGUGUCUGGUAAGCUCUUGGAGAAGCAGCUGCCCCAGAUGAUCCAGGGCGUCAUGUCGGACAACGUUGACCUUCAGCUUGACUGCACGACAAAGUUCCGCAAGCUGCUGUCUAAGGAGAAGAAUCCGCCCAUUGAGAGGGUCAUCGAGUGCGGCGUCGUUUCGCGCUUCGUCGAGUUCCUCAGGAGCUCUCACAGCAUGAUCCAGUUUGAAGCAGCUUGGGCCCUCACCAACAUUGCAUCGGGCACGUCUGACCACACCCAGGUCGUCAUCACCGAGGGUGCGGUUCCUAUCUUCAUUGAGCUGCUCUCAUCGCCGGUCCUCGAUGUGCGCGAGCAGGCCGUCUGGGCGCUGGGCAACAUCGCUGGAGACAGUCCAAAGUGCCGGGACUUUGUCUUGCAGCAGGGCGCUAUGGAGCCGCUGCUGACGCUCCUCAGCGAGAACCACAAAUUGAGCAUGCUGAGGAACGCAACGUGGACGUUGAGUAACUUUUGCCGAGGCAAGAACCCUCAGCCCAACUGGCAGCUCGUCUCACCCGCCCUCAUGGUUCUCACCAAGCUCAUUUAUUCGACUGAUGACGAGGUCCUCAUCGACGCAUGCUGGGCUAUCUCCUAUCUCUCGGACGGAGCCAAUGAGAAGAUCCAAGCCGUCAUCGAGUCGGGCCUCUGUCGUCGGCUUGUGGACCUGCUCAUGCACCAGUCAACGGCUGUCCAGACCCCUGCGCUGCGGUCGGUGGGCAACAUUGUCACGGGCGACGACCUGCAGACGCAAGUGAUCAUCGCUUCCGGUUCAUUGCCUCCCCUCUUGGCCCUUCUCUCAAGCCCGAAGGACGGCAUCAAGAAGGAGGCCUGCUGGACCAUCUCGAACAUCACCGCCGGUUCUUCCAACCAGAUCCAAGCUGUCAUCGACGCCAACAUUAUCCCCCCGCUCAUCCACAUCCUCAGCACGGCCGACUUCAAGACGAAGAAGGAGGCAUGCUGGGCCAUCUCCAACGCCACUUCAGGCGGGCUGCACGAGCCCUCGCAGAUCCGAUACCUUGUCUCACAGGGCUGCAUCCGGCCUCUGUGCGACUUGUUGAAGGGCAUGGAUAAUAAAAUCAUCCAGGUCGCACUCGAUGGUCUCGAGAACAUCCUCAAAGUUGGCGAGGAGGACAAGAUCCGUGCGGGAGCAGGGGCAGUGAACCAAUAUGCAGCCUUUGUCGAGGAGUGCGGCGGUAUGCUCUCGAUCCACAACCUGCAACACCACGAGAACCUGGAGAUCUACAAGAAGUGCUUCUUCAUCAUGGACAAAUACUUCCCCGACGAGGACGAAGCCGAAGACACUGGCGUGGCGGCUCCCCAGGUCAACGAGAGUGGUCAAUUCAGCUUUGCUUCCAACCUGGCAGCUCCCGCCGGCGGCUUCAACUUUGGUCAACCCCAGGGUGGCGCUCCGAUGGGGAAUGGGAUGGACGGGAUGAAUCAAUGA